ACUCACGCUGCUGUGUGGUUCUCGCACCCGCGCCAGUACGGCAAGGGCUCGCGCCAGUGCCGUGUCUGCGGCAACCAGGGCGGCAUUGUCCGCAAGUACGGCCUCAACAUCUGCCGUCAGUGCUUCCGCGAGAAGUCCGAGGCCAUCGGCUUCGUGAAG